GCGGCCGCGGGGCUGCGGGAUGGAGGCGGCGGGAGGCGGCGGAGCCCCGGGCCCGGGCAGGGCCCGCCAGGGACAGCCCCAGCCCCAGCCUCAACCCCAACCCCAACCACAACCACAGCCCAAGGGCCGGGAGCUCUUCAGGAGCCAGCGCAAGGAGUCCGAGGGCUCCGUGGAUUGUCCCAACCUGGAAUUCGAGUACGGGGAUGCCGACGGGCAUGGCGCCGAGCUGGCAGAGCUGUACAGCUACACCGAGGAGCCUGAGCUGAGCUACAACAGAAGAUGCUUCGAGGAGGAUUUUCACACUCAAGUGCCAGACAGGAGGUGGCUGGAGCUGGACAGGGCUCAGCAGAAGGCCUACGUCAUGCACCUGCUGGAUGGGCUGGAGGUGGUCAACAGGGACAGGAGGCUCAGAGUGGCACGGGCCAUCCUGUACCUGGCACAGGGUGUCUUUGGGGACUGUGAUAAUGAAGGUGAUGUCCUGCACUGGUCUCGGCACAACAGCUUCCUCCUCUACCAGCUGGGCACCUUCUCUGCCUUCCUGGAGCUUCUCAACAUGGAGAUUGAGAACAGCCAGGCCUGCAGCAGCGCCCUGCGGAAGCCGGCCAUCUCCCUGGCCGACAGCACCGAGCUCAGGGUCCUGCUCAGCGUCAUGUACCUGAUGGUGGAGAACAUCCGUGUGGAGCAGGAGGAGGAUCCCCCCGAGUGGAAAACCUGCCGGGAGACCUUCAGGAUGGAGCUGAGUUUCCCUGUGCACACUGAGGAGCCGUUUGCUCUGCUGCUCUUCAUGAUGGUGACCAAGUUCUGCAGCGGCCACGCUCCACACUUCCCCAUGAAGAAGGUGCUGCUCCUGCUCUGGAAGGUGCUCCUGUUCACGCUGGGCGGGUUCGAGGCGCUGCAGGCCAUGAAGGUGCGGCGGCGGGAGGAGCUGGGGCUGCCGCCGCUGCCCGAGGACAGCAUCCAGGUGGUGCGGGGGAUGCGUGCGGCCUCCCCGCCCACCUACGCCAUCGAGCUCGUGGAGCAGCAGCCGCAGCAGCCGCAGCAGAAGCGGAGCCACCGCAGCCGCAGGCCCCUGAUGAAGCAAGACAGUUUGGAUAUCUACAACGAGAGAGAUCCCUUCAAGAACGACGAAGGAGGGGUCGAUGAAGAGGAGAACGACGAGGUGGACGGCGGGAUCGAGGGGGAGCUGGACCUGGUGGAGCGGGACGCGCUCAUCCCCGCCAUGCCGGCCCAGCGCCUGCCCAUCGAGAGGGUGUCCUUCCCCAAGGGGCUCCCCUGGGCCCCCAAAGUCAGACAGAAAGACAUCGAGCAUUUCCUGGAAGCAAGCAGGAACAAAUUCAUCGGAUUCACGCUGGGACAGGACACUGAAACCCUGAUAGGGCUCCCACGGCCGAUCCAUGAAAGUGUGAAGACCCUGAAGCAGCACAAGUACGUUUCCAUCUCAGAUGUCCAGAUCAAGAAUGAGGAGGAGCUGGAGAAGUGCCCCAUGUCUCUGGGGGAAGAGGAAGUCCAAGAAACCCCUUGUGAGGUGUUGUAUCGAGCAAUGCUGUACAACCUCCCCCAGUACAUGAUCGCUUUGCUGAAGAUUCUCCUGGCUGCUGCACCCACCUCCAAGGCCAAGACUGACUCCAUCAACAUCCUGGCAGACGUGUUGCCUGAAGAGAUGCCCAUCACCGUCCUGCAGAGCAUGAAGCUGGGCAUCGACGUGAACAGACACAAGGAGAUCAUCGUGAAGAGCAUCUCGGCGCUGCUGCUGCUGCUCCUCAAGCACUUCAAGCUGAACCACAUCUACCAGUUUGAGUACGUGUCCCAACACCUGGUCUUUGCCAACUGCAUCCCGCUGAUCCUGAAAUUCUUCAACCAGAACAUCAUGUCUUACAUCGCUGCCAAAAACAGCAUCUCUGUCCUGGAUUAUCCGCAUUGCACGGUCUGUGACUUGCCCGAGCUCACAGCAGAAAGCCUGGAAGCUGGAGACAACAACCAGUUCUGCUGGAGGAAUUUGUUCUCCUGCAUUAACUUGCUGAGGAUCCUCAACAAGCUGACCAAGUGGAAACACUCGAGGACAAUGAUGCUGGUGGUGUUUAAAUCAGCCCCGAUCCUGAAGCGGGCUCUGAAGGUGAAGCAGGCCAUGAUGCAGCUCUACGUGCUCAAGCUGCUGAAGAUCCAGACCAAGUACCUGGGGCGCCAGUGGAGGAAGAGCAACAUGAAGACCAUGUCUGCCAUCUACCAGAAGGUGCGGCACCGCAUGAACGACGACUGGGCCUACGGCAACGACAUCGAUGCCAGGCCGUGGGAUUUCCAGGCUGAGGAAUGCACGCUGAGGGCCAACAUCGAAGCCUUCAACAGCCGCAGGUACGACAAGCCGCAGGACUCGGAGUUCGCCCCGGUGGACAACUGCCUGCAGAGCGUGUUGGGCCAGCGCCUGGAGCUGCCCGAGGACUUCCACUACUCCUACGAGCUCUGGCUGGAGCGGGAGGUGUUCUCGCAGCCCAUCCGCUGGGAAGAGCUGCUGCACUGCCAGUGACAGCCCCGCCUCCGCCUGCCCCCUCCUGCCGCCCUCAGGGCUGGCGGUGCCAGGGCCGGGGUGGAUCUGGGGCGUUUUAGCACAGCUGGGAAAACAAAUUAAACUUUCCAAAGAGACCAGGUCUCUGUGUGCCCAGCAGCCACCUCUUUUUGGAGGUCAUCCUGUGGCUCCUUGGAGACCAGGAGGCACGGGUUGCAGAGUGAGCUCAGAGCCCAGGUGUGUCUCCGUGCGGGCUGGGGGUAAGGAUUCCCAGUGGGAAUUCCAUCCCCCCGCACGCCCCACGCUCCUCUCUUUGGGUCUGUUCUGGCUGCUGACGUGCUCCCAACAGCACCUUGCCAGCCCGGGGUGCCAGGAGCACAGCUUGGCUUGGGAUGGAGACAGCAUUCCGUGUUGUCCCUGGGCUGGCACUGCUGCUGCUGGGGUGGCACAGCCCAGCUCAGAGUCCUGUGCCACCAGGGCCAGGUCCUGCAUGUCCCCUGGACACCCACCCGUCACCUUUGCACUUCUGCUGUCCUCCACCUCCACUCACCUUCAUUCACCACCCCUGUGCUGUGCAGUUCCCAGCUGUGCAGCCUCCCUGAGUGUCACUGGAUUCCAGAUCCUCUGCAGCCCUUCCAGCCCUGAGGGGACAGCAAACACCCCCUUCAAUAACCCAAGUUUGACACAGAUUCUUGCUUGUCUGGGGGAACGUCUGUGCCUGCUCUUAGGGUGGGCAGGGAAGGUGCUUUGGUGAGUAAUUGAUGAGGAAAAGAGUGGAUUCUGUGGUCCAUAACUUUCAGGAUGAGUAGGAUAUGGAGCUGUAAACUUUCUGGGAAUUUAAUAACAGAAUAUUUCAAUUAAAUACCGAACACUACCCUGGGGUAAAGCUGCGUUGCAUGAGGGUGGCAUUUGUCAAAGCAUCGUGUGUUGCUAUAGGGCAGGGAAGCCCUAAAUAAACAAGUGUUUGUUAUGGCAGGAUUUGUGCUAAUUGCUUAAACAAUUAAUUAGCUCGGGAAUGUUUCCUUCGUGAGGUUUGUCCAAGGCCUUGUUCAUGGAAAUGGCAUUAAGCCUUUUAAAGCCUUUUAAAAUAUGCUUUUGUUCAAAAUAAACCAACUUUUAAAGGAA